AUGGGCCAGUUGCCGCAGACCCUUCCCGCCCUCCUCGGCCGCCGCUUCGGCUGGCGCCGACGCGUCCGCGCCCUGGCCGUGCCCCUGCUCGCCGCCCUGGCGCCGGCGACUCCGGCCGCGGCGGUGGAGCUGCAUACGCCGCACUGCCUCUACGGCUGUCCGACCACGGAAUUGCCGGCGUCCAGCGACGUGAUCGUGCGGCGCAGCUACACCCUGGCCUCGGACGAUGCGACGAAGCUGGCGGCCUGGGUCGCCUAUCGGGUGGACCCGGCACGGUUCGGCGGCGGCCGCGCGCGCGCCUGGGCCGCCGACCCGCUGCUCGCGCCGUCGGAAACCCUGGAGCCGCCGGACUACCGCGGCGCCCACGCGGCGCUGGGCACCGACCGGGGCCAUCUGGCGCCGCUCGCCAGCUUCGGCGGCGACCGCCAGUGGCGGGCGGUCAACUACCUGUCGAACAUCCUGCCGCAGGCCAGCGCCGUGAACCAGGGGCCCUGGCGGGCGCUGGAGGCGGCGAUCCGCGACGCCGCCGAGGCCGCGCCGGAGCUGGCGCUCUAUGUGCUCACCGGCCCGCUCUACACCCGGCCCAUGGCGCCGAUGCCCGGCGCCGACGAAUCGCACCGCGUACCCAGCGGCUACUGGAAGCUGCUGGCCGCCGAGGCCGACGGUCGCCUGGAGGUGCGCGCCUUCCUGUUCGACCGCGACCUGCCCCGGCGCGCCGGCUACUGCGAGCGGACGGUGACGCUGGCACAAUUGGAGGCGGCGACGGGUCUGCGCUUCUUCCACGGCCUCGACGCCCGCCCCGGGCUGCCGGUGAGCGACGCCAGCGCCCUGCUGCGCGGCCUGCUCGGCUGUGCCGAAAGCUAG